AUGAUCUUUGAUUUUUAAUCCAGGAUCUAAAAUGUCCACUGAGGCACAAAGAGUUGACGAUAGUCCAAGCACUAGUGGAGGAAGUUCUGAUGGAGACCAACGUGAAAGUGUUCAGCAAGAACCAGAAAGAGAACAAGUUCAGCCCAAGAAAAAGGAGGGAAAAAUAUCCAGCAAAACAGCUGCUAAAUUGUCAACUAGUGCUAAAAGAAUUCAGAAGGAACUUGCAGAGAUUACGUUGGACCCUCCUCCCAACUGUAGAGGUUUCAAAUGCCCACUCCACCUCAUGGAAAGUUGCUGCUUUGAGGAUUCUGAGACUAGUGCUGGACCCAAAGGAGACAACAUUUAUGAAUGGAGGUCAACUAUAUUGGGACCCCCAGGAUCUGUCUAUGAAGGAGGGGUGUUCUUUCUUGACAUUACCUUUUCACCAGACUAUCCGUUUAAACCCCCUAAGGUUACCUUCCGAACAAGAAUCUAUCACUGUAAUAUUAACAGCCAGGGCGUCAUCUGUCUGGACAUCCUAAAGGACAACUGGAGUCCAGCCCUAACCAUUUCUAAAGUUCUACUCUCCAUCUGCUCACUUCUUACAGAUUGCAAUCCUGCUGACCCUCUGGUGGGCAGCAUUGCCACACAGUACAUGACCAACAGAGCAGAGCACGACCGGAUGGCCAGACAGUGGACCAAGCGGUAUGCCACAUAGGGGCCUGCUGCUUGCUGCCCCCGCCGGACCUGUGCAAGCACAUUCACCAAGUGCAUCAAUAGCCCUACCCACCCCUCCGGACCUCGGUUCUUAUUUUCUUAUUUUUAUUAAAUUUUGAACCUUUUUCUGAUGGUAUGUCAUCCAUUCCCCACUCCCUUCUCCCUCCCUCCUUUUCCUCCUUUUCCUUCUCUCUUCCCUCCACCCCCCCACCUUCUCAAUUUUUCCCUUUUUUGAUUUCUAUUAACUUGAAAGAUUUGGGGUUUUUUUUCCCACCUCAACAUGGAUGGGAACUUUUGUUUUCAGUGCAAACAAUGUUGGAUCUGUAAUAGUAAGAGCUUUCUUACAAAGCUUUGUAUUACUGUGUGGUUUUGUUUUUUGUUGUUGUUUGUUUUAUUUUGAUUUUUUUUCCUUUUAUGUGAUCUUUGGGAAAACACGAAUUCAGAAUUAUAUCUCAUUUCUACUUAAAUGUAGUGCUUAGGGUUAAUUUUUUGUACUGAAGUCUUUAUUGGUGGGUGCAUGCUACUGGGAACAAGUUUUUUGUACAAAAGCUUCAAUCAGAAUCACUGUGCAUUACUGAGACUCUGUUUAUCACUAGCCUUCUGUCCCCCACACAGAGGACUGUUGGAUUGAACAAAAUAAUAUGUAUUUUGAUUUACUUAAAGUGCUUGUAAAUUUCUUAGGGACCUGCCACUUUGACUGUGGAUCAGUUGAUGUACACUUGUAUUAUUAAAGCACUCAAUAAAUCACUGUGGCUGAUAAAUGCA